AUGGAUUGUAAUGUUAUCAUUUUCACUUUUUUAGCUCUAUGUUUGCUUCAAUAUUGCACUUGUGCACAUGUUAAAUCACUCAAUGCUUCUAUAGCUAGUUUUCAACCAGCAGUAGCAACAUUUUAUGGCCCUCCAACUGGAGCAGGAUCUGAUGGAGGAGCUUGUGGAUUUACAGAUGCUGUAUCAAAACCCCCUUUUAAUUCCUUUAUAUCUGCUGGAAAUGGUCCUCUUUAUAAGGAAGGCUUUGGCUGUGGAUCUUGCUACCAGGUUUUAUGUAAUCUAGGCCCUUGCUCAGGAAGACCAGUAACUGUAACCAUUACAGAUGAAUGCCCUGGUUGUUCAGGUGCUUUUCAUUUUGAUUUAAGUGGAACCGCAAUGGGUGCUUUAGCAAAACCCGGUCAAGCUAACGCGUUACGUAAUAUAGGAAAUAUCCCAAUUUCUUACCAAAGGGUGCCAUGUGAUUACAAUAACUGGAAAAUCGGGUUCAAGGUGGACCUAGGUUCAAACCCGAAUUUCUUAUCAGUAAAUGUUGAGUUUCAAAAUGGAGACGGUGAUCUUAGUUUAGUCGAAUUCUUACCAGCAAGAUCAAAUCAAGCGAUAAGAGCGAAUCAUGUAUUUGGUGCAACAUGGAGUAUUAAUAUUAAUCCUUCAGCACAGCCAGCUCCAUAUUCAAUUAGGCUUACAAGUGGGUCAAACAAGAAACUUACUGCUACUAAUGUUAUUCCUGUGGGAUGGCAGCCUGGACGCACUUAUUGGUCUAAUGUCAAUUUUUAG